ACCCAGGUCCGCUUCAGCUCAAGAUCUCUUCCCGGAGAAAGGACGUGCGUCUCAGUCUGCGGCUGUUGUUGUCGUUGGCUGGUUGGCAGAGAGUGUUUCUUUUUGCAGCAUGUCGGGACGUGGUAAAGGCGGCAAGGGGCUGGGGAAAGGAGGCGCGAAGCGUCACCGCAAAGUGCUCCGAGAUAACAUCCAGGGGAUCACCAAGCCUGCCAUCCGCAGGCUGGCUCGCCGAGGCGGAGUGAAGAGAAUUUCCGGCCUUAUCUACGAGGAGACCCGAGGUGUCCUGAAAGUUUUCCUGGAGAAUGUGAUCCGAGACGCGGUCACUUACACCGAGCACGCCAAGAGGAAGACGGUGACCGCCAUGGAUGUGGUGUACGCCUUGAAGAGACAAGGCCGCACUCUGUAUGGUUUCGGUGGUUAAAAGGUUGUUCCAGCCCUCAUUCAAGACGGACUUUGAGAUAGUGUUUUUGUCUUUUUUAAACUCCAUUGGUAGAAGUGUUAGCUUCAGUAGUUUGCUUGUGCUUCGGCGAUUUUGGGGUCCGUUUUGUUGGGGGUGAAGAAGAGAUGUUAAGAGAUCGUGGCGCUCUUUUGCUUCUGAUUGGCUGGCUCGUAGUUUGAAAGUGGCCCAAUAGGAAUGGGCGACAUCUGCUAUUCUUCCUUUGCAUAUCGGCGUUGAUAAAUAAAGUCGAUCCACACAAUAUCUGUCACUUACAGCAGCUCAUCCUCAUUGUUUGACUGACUUAGCCAAACCCCCUCCGCCCCAGCGUCUGGACUCGUCUCUUCUACAAUCAUGAUUUGAUUCGUUUGUUACAGCGACUUCUUUUGGUGAUGAGUGCUGUGCUUUUCGUCUUAAGUCUUUUUGUGCAUGCAGUGUAACUUUUUUCUUUUUUUCUCUUAAUUUCAAUGACUAUUCGUUUGACUUGAAUCUGGUGCUGUUUUAUUGCAAUAAAAGAUGAGCUCAUUUUUCCAAGUA